AUGAAUAACCAUUUAAAUAAAUUAGUUGAAAGGAAGAAUGAUUUAAUAGAGUUGCUAAUCGAAAGAGGGAAACAAAUCCAGCAACAAACUAAAAUUGAAUUAGAAAAUAAACAAAAGCUAAUUGAUAUUGAAGAACAUAAUCAGGAUCAAGAAUUAAGUGCGUUUCGAUCACCGACACCACCAAUAUCCAAUAUUCAAUCAUGUAUAAAUUCUCCAUACACAACACCCGAAGAACUACAACAAAUUACAUCCGAAAACAUACAGACUUCAGAGGACCAAAAAUUCAUUAUAUCAUGUAGCAAAAAUCACAAGCCAGUAAUAAUAUCGCAUCAACAAGCACAACAAUUAUUCACGAAUUACGAAAUACAUUUCAACAAGUAUCUACCAAUAUUUCCCGAUCAAUUUUUUCAAUCAAUACACUUGCAAGAGUUUUAUGAAGAAAAUGAAUUAACAUUUUGGUCAAUAAUUCUUACCUCCUUUUUAAAUAAAGAUUCAUCAAAAUCAUCGAAUGAUUAUCAAGUUUUAUGUGAACACGUAAAACAAUCAGUAGUAGAAAAAUGUUGGUUUCAAACUCCAAGAAAUUUAUAUAUCAUAGCGUCAUUAUUAAUUUUGACUACAUGGCCAUUACCGAACAAUACAGCAAAAAUAUCAGAUAAUUUAAGUAUCAAAUAUAUAAGUUUGAUGAAAACUUUAUCAUUACAAUUUGGUUUGCAUAAACUAAAAUUUAUUGACGAGUUUAGUCACAAGACUAAAAUGAAUUUGAGUCAAGAAGUCAACCUUAAUAAUACUAUAAGAGAAAGAAUAUAUAAAUUCAUCAAUGUGAAUUCAAAUUAUUGGUUAAUUAACUUGGGUCUAUCGAAUAACAAUUAUAAUGGUUUUACUCAAGAUUACAUCAUCAACAAAUCAACAAAUAUUGAUAUUUAUAACAACAAGGACCUGGAAAUCUCAUCAAUAGAUAGGUACAUCAACUCAUUAUUGAAGAUUUCAAUGAUUCAAUCCAAAUUAAAUGAAAACAUGAAUAUUUUAAUUGGUGAUAAUCUUUUAGAUGAUUCUAUCCUUAUGAGUGAUGUACAGAUUAACGCUUCAAAAUUGAUCAACUUCAAUAUGUUCGAAAUAAUUUUAAAAGAUUUAGAUACUCUUCUACUAAAAAAUCAAGGAGAGAAUGAACUGCUGGAGAUUAAAAAUUUAAUCAAAAUUUCAAUCUUAUACACCAACUUACAAUUGUUUAUCUAUUCCAUGUCAAAAUCUAACAUUACCAAAAACGAAUAUAAAGUCUACCUAGAAAAAUUAAUAAAUUGUUGUUUUGAAAUAAUAACAACAGUUGAGAAUCUCAAAGAUAAUCAAAGUUACGUGAAGAUGCCAAUAUAUUAUAAAUUUCCAAUGGAAUUAACAUUGUUGACAUUACUAAGAUUAUUUAAAUCUCCUCUUGUGAAUAAUGAAGAUUUACAAAUUAUCAAAUCAAAAUUUCAAAAAUUAUAUAACAUUAUUUUCAUUAAUACAAAUUGGUUAUUUUUAAAUUCUAAAUUACAUAAAAUCAUUGAAAAAUUUGAUAGAAUUCCAAAUCAAUUUAUAAUUGAUCAAUAUGAUGAUAAUGAAUUUUUUAUAAUUAAUAAGAUGAAAAAUUAUCUUGUUUCAAGUCUAGUGUAUGAAAUGAUUUGGUUGAUUUAUGAACAUGAGAGAAAAUCUGACAAAGAGAAUGAGAAUGUUGGAGAAUCUAUUUUUGGUUGA